GAAAUAGAUUGACAUCCAUUACAAUACAUUCCAUGGGCUCCCUUCGUCCAAGGCCAAGUUGGUUCGGGCCAUUCGCAUCAUGCGCACCUUGAGGCUUUUCCGAGGUCUACGUCUGUUGGUCCAUGCCUGUGCAUCUUUCCUGCCGUCCCUCAUGUGGUCCAUGGCAUUGCUAAGUCUUUGCAUCAUGACCUCAGGGCUGGUGAUUGGCAACUUGCUCCAUGAGUUUAUCAUGGACGAGACAAAGGAGAUGGAGCAACGAAUCUGGGUCUGGAUGCACUACGGGACCGCCUAUCGAGCGAUUUGGACCAUGUACGAGAUGACGUUCGCAGGAAAUUGGCCUGUAUCCGCCAGACCUGUGCUGGAGAAUGUCAACCACGGUUACUGCAUGUUCUUCGCGCUCUAUGUGACGGUCAUCGUCUUUGCCGUCCUUCGCGUAAUCACGGCGAUUUUUGUCAAGGAGACCUUAGAGGUCGCCAGCAACGAUGCGGAGCUCAUGGUCCAGGAGCGGAUGAGGAAGAAAGCUUCCUAUGUCAAGAAGUUGGAAAGUAUUUUCAAGGCGAUGGAUGACAGUGGUGAUGGCCUGCUGUCAGAGGAAGAGAUGAGCGAGUGGCUUAUGGAUGAAAGAGUGCAGGCUUACCUGGAAAGCUUAGAUGUAGAUGUGGCUGAAGGGGAGGCGCUCUUCCGACUUUUACAGAAUGACGAGGGUGAUAUCACCUACCAAGAUUUCAUCGCAGGCAUUUUGCGGUGCAAGGGCGCCGCGCGGGCCAUUGAUCAGCUCAUCCUCCAGAGUGAGGUGGAGCGUGUAGCCGAUGCCUUGAACAACCUCACCAUGGCCUUAGAAGAGGCCAAGGUCAUCGCUUCUUCCGACAGACAAAAACGGCGUCAACGAUUUGCACAUCAAAUGACGCUCUUUCAAUCCUGCACCAUGAACUUCCCAGAGAACGGCGUGUUGCGAACCGCCUCGAUCCAUUGAGGUGUUCAAGAUGCCUCACCUCAGAUUCUGAUUUCGCAGCUGACUCAAAAUUGGGCAAUUGGGAGAUUUUGAAGGUCAGGGAUCUUUGGCCGACAUAAAUGGUUUACCCGGUUGCG